UAACCUCGCCCUCGUCCCCUUUGUCACCCUCACCCUUAACCUCGCCCUCGUCCCAUUCCUCAUCCCUGCUUGGCACCCGGCAGCCCCUCCGCAAGGGGGCUUCUUGCACUUCCUGCUGCUGGUAGCUCCAAGCAGGGCCAUGCCGUGGCUUCUCAGCAAGAAGCGACGGCAGUCACCAUCCAGCACCACCAGUGGGCAGCCCUGGGCUGCCACCAGCUCCACCAGCGCCUCCGAGCUCAGGGAGGAGGGGCUGGGCAGGCUGCACCGCGCGGCCGCCCGCGGCGACCUGGCCUGGCUGAGGCGCUGGCGCUGGUAUGUGAAGGUAGUCGGCAUCGACAGGCGAGACCAGGAGAUGCGGACACCUCUGCAUCUCGCUUCGGCAAAUGGCCAUGCAGAUGUCCUUAGAUAUCUGCUAAGAAAGAACAGCCAGCCGAAUCUCGCUGACAACUUGAAGAGAACGGCACUGAUGAAGGCAGUACAGCAGGAGCAGGAAGAAUGUGUUGCUAUUCUGCUGGAACACGGUGCCGACCCGAAUCUGGCAGACGCUGGCGGCAACACUGCCCUUCACCUGGCUGUCCUAUCUAAAAAUACAGCUGUAGCAGGGCUGUUACUCGAGCAUAAUGCCAAUAGUGAUGCUCAGAACCAGAUGGGAUUUACUCCCUUAAAACUUGCAGCCCUCCUACAGCAUGAGGAGAUUCUGGAGUGCCUUCUGAAAAAAGCAGCUGACAGGCAUGCUCAAGCCCAGUGUGAAAGGACUGCUUUUGUGGUUACUGGAACCCAUGAGGCUCACCUGGAGGAAGAUAAUCUGCGCUUGCAGGAGGAGUUGGACAGGGCUGACGUGGAGCUGCAGGAGGAGGAAGAAAAGCAUCUUCAGUCUGAGCACUGCGUUCGUGACUUGAAGACUGCCUUGGAUGAUAAAGAAAGAGAAGCAAUAACUUCUUCCCCAAAACUGCAGGACCUCCUGUUGCCAUCUUCCGAGACUAAUACCACUCUAAAACAACUGGAAGAACACGUGCAACACCUUGAAAUUCAAAAGACCCGAUUGGAAGCCACUGUCCAGCAACAAAGCCAUAGGAUUGAAGCCCUUCAGAGAGACCUGCAAGCCUCUGCCUCAGUUGGUGAACUUUCCCAGCAGCUGGACAUGGAGCCUAAAACAGGCAUGCAGCUAGAGGACCAAAACCAGACUUUGCAAGAAGAGCUGUCCACUCUGCGUGGGAAGUAUGAAAAACUGGAGAAGAGCAAAUGCCAGCUGCAAGAAGAAGUGACAAAAGUCCAUCAUUAUUUGGAGACUUUCGUGCUGGAUGGCAGCCAAACAGCACAAUGUAAAAGAGAGGCGGAAGAACGAGCUGACCAGGAAAUAAGUCAAAAGCCACAAGACGUCAGUCUCGUUCUGCAAGCACAGGCAGCCUCCCAGGCUCGAUUAGAACAAAACGGAGACAGUCAUUGCGAUUCAGUGAGAAUCCAGUUAGAAGAAAGAAUUAGAGAUCUCGAAAGUGAACUGGACAGGGUAAAAAAAACCCAACAAGAGAGUGCUUCUCGUAAAGAAGCAACGCGGGGAGAAAUGGAAAUGUACAAAGACCUGUACCUGGAGGAAUUGAAAACUAGAAGAUGCCUAGACAAGAAACUGGAAAGGUUGGAAAAGCUUCUGAGGGUAGAUAGGAGGAAACUCAGGGCUAAUGAAGAGAAAGAAACCCAGUCCCAGCUGGAAGAAAUGAAGAACAGAUAUUCUGAAAAGGUCAAGGAAGUGGAUAGAUUACGAACAGAGGUUGCUGAACUUUCCCAGCAGCUGGACGGGGAAAGUAAAAAGUGCACGCAGCUGGAAGCCAAAAAUCAGGAUUUGCAACAAGAGCUGUCUACCCUGCGUGGGAAGUGCGAAAACCUGGAGAUGGACAAAUGCCAGCUGCAAGAAGAGCUGGCAAAAGUCCAGCACCAUUUGGAGACUAACAUGGUGAAUCGCACCCAACUAGAACAAUGUAAAAGAGAGGCGGAAGAACGAGCUGACCACGAAAUCAGACAAAAACUCCGAGAAGUCAAUGAGUUUUUGCAAGCACAGGCAGCCUCCCAGGACAGAUUAGAACAAAUCAGAGCCAGUCAUCAUGCUUCACUAAGAAACCAGCUAAAAGACAGAAUUAGAGAUCUUGAAUGUGAACUGGACAGGAUAAAAAAUACCCAACAAGACAGUACUUUUCAAAAAGAAUCCACCCAGGCAGAAGUGGAAAAAUACAGAGAGCUGUAUCUGGAGGAAGUCAAAACCAGAAAAAGCCUAGCCAAGAAACUGGAAAGGUAAGUCCAUGCUUUUCUGGACUGGUAAUAACACACUCCUUUUUCCUCGUGCAUUUUCCUUCUAAAAUCCCUUUUUUACGUCUCGCCAGCACGAUGUGU